AUGCCCACGUCGUUUGAGCCAGAUGAGUCUCCGUAGCUAAGUAAACAUGAGUCACGUGCGAGGAAGAGGAAAUAUUGAAUGAAAAUUCUGAAAGCCCCAGCUGUCGCCAUCUAGCCACAUUUUUUCCUGAUGAAUAUUGAUGUUGCAACAAGCGUCUAUACAUAUAAAUAUACAAUGCGUAUUUAAAGUCCAUACUUUGAUCGCUUAUUAGCUGUCAUGUCACCCUGUAAUUGUAUGAGCUAGCUACUAGCUAAUACCUGUGCCUAACGGCGACGGGUCGAAGAGCGUACACCUGUGCUAGCUAUCCAUUAAUUUGUGAAAAUAUCCAGUACGCCAGUAGCUUGUUAACACCCAACCCAAGGAAGGUAUAUCUUGACAGAAUGCGAUGGGAAACUGUUGGGCUUAUUGUUCUGGAAACUUCAGAAGAGAAGCAAACAUUAUACAACGAGGAGGCGGGUCCAAAUACUUUAGAAGCAGUACAACUGGGGAACAUUACACAAUAGAGUUUGAAAACCUUGUUGAGAGUGAUGAGGCAGAGAGCCCACAAAGCUGUCCCAGGCCUAUCAGUGAAGAUGAGAUCAUCCACCUCAAAGAGCACCGGUAUACUGCAAUUUCUGAUCAGCAGAACUUGAUAGAUCAGAAGUUGCAAGCAGAGUUAUUAGCACAAGAGGAGAACUUAAGGCUAGAAGAGGAGGCUAGAAAUGCUGCCCAGCGUGAGGCCGCCAGGCUGGCACGCGAGCGAAAGCUAAAGGAGCAACAGCUUGCACAACGGAAAAAAAGCAAGGCAGAAGUCCAAGGUGGCGCAGCCCAUCCAAGAAAGCAUGGCUCAGUUGAAGACUUUGAUGUCUACCUACAGCAUGUGAAAGUCAUGUCAGAAGCCUUCAGGAGCAGCAGGCUGUCCUCUGAGACUAAUGUGAUCACUCCCAACACGGAGAGCAGCUGGGACUUCAACACCAAGACCCGCUCCACCAACGAUGACGGAACCUCACUGGACCUGGAGUGGGAGGACGAGGAAGGGAUGAACCAGGUGGUCCCAGCGUGGGAGAGGUCUAAAACCGAGGAGGACAUACUCAGAGCGGCACUCCGGCCGGGCAAGAAGCAGACGACCAGCGGUACGGCCUCUGAGGACUCCAACGCCCUGGAGUGGGAGAACGACUUUGUAAGCGCUCACGACGAGGAUUAUGCUGAGGAGAAUGCGGAGGACUCUGAAUACGAGUGCUUUGUCAACCCCGUCAUGGAUAUGCACACCCCAUCUGAGGAAACACCACCGGUAGAGAUAACUGCACCGGAGACUGAGAAGAGAUAGUCCCCAUCGCCUGGGGAUCCAGAGUCAAAUCCUAAUGUUAGACCACAUUGUGAAUGUUUGAUUAUACACCUCAUCAACUUCAAAUGUGUUUGUUUGUCCUCAUUGGCUGGUGGACCAGUUUUUAUUUGACAAUCUUCUCGUGUUAAUUAAGCCUUAUUUGGCAACGUUUUCAUGUCAUCCAGUGCAUUAUUGAAUCAAGUGCAAUUUCCAGAUCUAGUUUGGUGUGAUAGUGAUUGGGUUUUUAUUUGUGAGAGGGCUAUAGUGUUUUCACAGUUAGAAUGAACUGAAAACAACAUAGGGACACAUAAAAUAAAAGCAACAACAACCUUCAAUCAGUGCCUGAAUCACUAGGAAAUAAAACUUUCAUAAAUUGUUAACCAGGUCAUAGGACAGUUAGCUGAUGAGGAUUUUGUCCGUUACCAAGUGAAUAUUUUAAUCAGUGGUUCUCCAGGGAUCAUAGCUUGCCAGUUGUCUGGUAGAGAACCCCUAAUGGAGUGGAGUAUAUCAUGUAGCAACUUGUCUGUACGCUCAAUGUGUUUUUAAUCGAAAAAAUGCAAGUGCUAAGAUUUGCGAUUUUGUUUAUCCUCUCAGUUCCAAUUAACAAGAGACUCAUCAUGGACACAGUACUACAUUUUGUUAUUUGUUAGUUUGAAACUAAAUGUGUCAGUCAGUCAAAUGCUGCUCAAGUUACGGGCAGGUUUGUGUGUCCAACAUUUUUAUUUGUAUUAUAUACAGUGAAGGUUAGCUACAUCACAUUUGUAGAAGUCCUUAGUCCCCUAUGUACACAUUUAAAUCUUACAGCGUCAGACUUUUCUAUUCUUUUUUUUUACGUUUAGGAUUGAUUUGUCAUGGUGAGCAGCUCGUGAAUUGUUUAUUUUACGCUCAAAAGACCAGCCGAUUACAAGAGAACAUGGAUAAACGAACAUCUGUCUCCAGUACUGCUCCUUCCAAUGGCACUGCCAAUAGCGUACAACUUGGGCUCCAACUCUUCAAUCUCACCUUUUAUUUCUGAUUUAGCACAAUCAGACAUUUUUCAAGACCUUUCAAGAAUGUAAGCCUGAUCACUGGAAGUGGACAUGGUUGUAUUUGAUUGAAUGGGUUGAUGUGAAGACAGGAAUAACGAGGAACGGUUUGGAGACUACAGUAUGCUCUAGGAGGUUUCUAGAAAUGGACCAAUACGUGUAUAUAUCAUUUCUUUGUGUGCACUAGUAAAUUCGUUUUUGUCUUCCCUCACUGCAAAAGGGGACCCUCUCACUACACCCUUACAAUGUGGAGAUGAUGUGCCUACUUUGGAGGCUUUUGCUUUAUUGUACAGAAUACUGUCUCACCUUGAUUUUUCAAUUGUUGUGAUGUUUGUGACAACAGCGAUUGUCCCCCGUAGUGCAGCCCUACUGUACCUGGGGAAUCCAAAGCGCCACCAUUUAGGUUGUUUCACCCUAUUGAGAGGGAAUUGAACUUUCCUUUGUUUGCACUGCCUGUAGCUUUACCAUCCUAGAAACACAAGCCAUUUGAUUUUAGCAAUUAAAGUGUCAUCAUAUUUGGGGUGAAGAAUUACCACAGCUGCACCAUUGGCCCAACUCCAAAUCGGACCUCCUAUUUGUCUGGCAUCAAACUCAAUUCACAAUAUUUUGUCCACAGAAAGUGUUCAGACAGUAAUAAUUGGAGGGAUUGUAUUGCAGCUUAUCUAUGCACUGUUUGACUUAUGUGAACUGGUGGGUCCAAUCAAUGAUUGGUUUAUAGUAUGUGUUGGUAGUGUUUUCUAAGGAUACUGUCCUUUUUUAAACGUAAGUUAGCAUGGUGAUAAGGGUUGGACACCGUACAUUACGGGUGCAAUCACAAGGAUGGAUUAAACUGCCGUGUGCUUCAUUCAUAUCAUUCUACUCUUUAGAAAUAUAUUUUUUACUGAGAAUAAUGUAAAGGGAUUUCUGAAGUGAACCAGUUUUAUUUGGCUACUUUUGAGUCAUAGCACAUAUUAUGACAAUUUACCCUUUUCAAUUAACCUGCUGAUAAAGGACCUUCAUCCUAUCCAAGCAUUUACACAGAUUUGACACAACUCUCAUUGAUAUCAAUGUUUUUGUUUCAUUGUUCACAGGUUAGGAUUACACCCAUAGUCAUGAGCCUUUAAUUAUUUGAAUACUAUUGCAAACAGGAUGUAUCAACACCUGUGCCAUUCUGUCAAUAUCGUAUUACAUUUUUUGUUCAAUUUGACUGCAACUAAAAUAAAUCCUACAAACCUUAA